CAGCCAAAAACCCUACCCUGUUCUCUUUAUCCUCUAAAGAUUAUCCGUCUAUAAAUCUACUUCCUCUCUUCUAAUGGCGAACCCUAAGGUCUUCUUCGACAUGGCCAUCGGUGGUCAGCCGGCUGGUAGGAUCGUGAUGGAGCUCUACGCCGAUGUCGUUCCCCGUACAGCCGAGAACUUCCGCGCUCUCUGCACCGGAGAGAAGGGAGCUGGCAAGAGCGGAAAGCCUCUCCACUACAAGGGCUCGACUUUUCAUCGUGUGAUUCCUGGAUUCAUGUGCCAGGGUGGCGACUUCACCGCCGGAAAUGGCACCGGCGGUGAGUCCAUCUACGGAUCUAAAUUUGCUGAUGAGAACUUUGUGAAGAAGCACACUGGUCCAGGUAUACUUUCCAUGGCUAAUGCUGGUCCCGGAACCAACGGAUCUCAGUUCUUCAUCUGUACCGCCAAGACCGAGUGGCUUGAUGGAAAGCACGUCGUCUUUGGUCAAGUUGUGGAGGGCCUGGACGUGGUGAAGGCCGUAGAGAAGGUCGGGUCCAGCUCCGGAAAGACCUCUAAGCCCGUUAUGAUCGCCGAUUGCGGUCAGCUUUAAUUGAUCCGCGAUCUGUGGUGAUGACGGCGGAGGUGGUGGUCUCCUUAUAUGUAGUAGUGACUUAGGAUUUGGUGUGCGUAGGGUUGGGUUCAUGUUUUCUUUUUGCGUUUUUUUUAUCUUUUAAUCCUCUUCGGGAUCUGUCUUUAGUGGAUCGACCGAGUUUGAUUACAUCGUGUGUUGAUGGGAUGAGAACCACACCAUAAAUAAGAUAGGCUUUUCUUCAUGCGAUUA